GAUAUUUCUAUUUUUACCUCGCUGUGCCUCAGCCCCUUCGGCUUGCUCUGCUGGACUAAAAGCAGCUCCAUAACUGCAUGCUGGAUGAGAGCGGGACAGAGCACUCGGGACAUGGUGACGCUGUUGCUGUAACAGACUUUUUUUGUUUGUUUGGGUUUGGACGUCUGUCUGUGACAUAUUGGGCCAAGUUGACCCUCCUGCUUGCUGUUCUUGUGAACUCGGGAGGAGGAAAAUGUCCAGCGAAGGUGAACGGGGAGGACAAGCGUCCACCACCAACACCACAGUGCUGAGUACAGUGGCAGUGCAGGCAGGAGACACGCAGAUCAUUGUAGCUGUAUUAAAGUGUGGAGAACUGGUCCAGCUGCAGCUGACUGAAGCCCAUCCGGACCUCCUGGGGAUUGGAAACAAUCAGGAAGAAACCAAGAAACUUUUGGAAGAACACGAUGAGCUUCUGGUUAAACUAAAGAGAAAUGAAGGAGGCGUGCGGGCACUGCUGGAGAAGGCGGAUAAGACUGCGGAGGAGAAGGAGGGAGAGGAGGACGUUUAUGAAGCCAUGGCUCUGUCGCUCAGCGAGGCCUGGAAAAAGUUGGUGAGCCACCUGGAGAAACGUCGCUCACUCCUGCAGCUGGCCUGCCACUUCUACAACCACGCCCUGGAGUUUGCCAUUAAGAUUGAUGAAGCGGAGGAGCUGCAGAGCGCUGGAACAGACCUGAACCCUGACACGGGUUUUGAGCUGAAGCACAAAUACAGCAGCCUAAGGAGAGGUCUGCUGGAGAAGUCUAUGAAGGCACUGAAUAGAAAAUGUGAGUUGUUGGAUUUCUUGAAGAGCUUCGAGGCGGAGGAGGCACUGCGAUACACAGUCGGGGCACGUGCUGCUCAGAACAGCUUCAGGAAAGUGGAUGGACUGAUGGAGCUCCUGCAAGACCGACGUAGAGCAGUUGACCAGCGUAUGGCUCAACAAAUCCACAGUCAGGAAGUGAAGAACAGGAUCUCUGAGUGGGAGAGACAGGAACAGGAGGUCACACGAUGGUUUAAGGAAAAAGGCGACCCGUUCUUGGAAAGGAAUCAGCUGGGCUCGUCCUUGUCUGAAAGUGAAGAGUUACUGCAGGAGCAUAAAGAAUUUGAACUCAAAGCUAAGCAAUGGACGUCUCUGGUUGAGCGACUUCUCCAGCAGGCAUCGGAGCUUCUUUUCUCAAACGAUCAUGAAAAGCUUGAUUCCUUCUCAGAGAAAAGUCAGAAUCUUCUCACCACAAACGAGCAGUUCUGGGAUCUGAUGAUUUGUCGAGCUGGACAGCUGCACGAGAGCAACGCCUUCUUCAGCAGCGCUAAUAAAGCAUUUAAAACCUUGGGAACUAUUGAGAGCACCGUAAAGGGUUUGAGAACUCAGACUGUGCAGUUGACUGAGCUGGCGAAGAAGCAUGAAGAGCUGCAUCGCAGUGUUAAAGACGCUGCGGCUGAACCUCUUCAACGAGGACAGCUCAUACUCCAGAAGCUCAGUCCACAGAGUGCCCAAGUCGGAGGCGUGCAAAGGAUGUUGGGGUACAUCAGAGAACGGGUGAAAGGGCUGAGUGAGCAGUGUCACGCCUAUAAGGAACUUGCUGGGAAGAAACAGCUGUUGCUAACGUCUUUUGAUGACCUGGAGGAAAAGAUCUCGAGCUGGAUUAAGAGCUGUAAUGGGGUCUUAUCCAGUAGUACAGAGCCUGGUUCUUCACUUUCUGAGGCUGAGGAAGUGCUCAACAAACACUUGGAGCUGUUUGAAAGUACACAGCAUGUUGUUGCAGAGUCACAUGCCGCUGAGGAAAUUAUAAAGGAACUGAGGAAGCUGGAGUCAACAGAGGAAGUGGAGCUCUCUAACCGAGCCUGUGUGCUGAGAGAGCAGCUUAAGACAAUGCAGAGGAACAUCUCCAAAUGCCUGGAGAGCCUCAGGAGCUACGUUAGCUUUUUAUGUUCUGCCAAGGAGGUUGAAGAUCAGGAAAAGUUUUUAAUGGAUUGUUAUCAGAAGAGACCCGAGGCAGAGGAAGAAAAUGAGGAAACAGGAGCUUCUGUGAAUGAGGCCAUGGAUGCAAGAUGGCAGUUGUUCUUACAGAAGUUCCUCUCCAUGCAGGACAAAGGCAACAAUUUCAAGCAAUGGGAAAAAUGUAAUGAUACAGCAACCAAUAACAUCCAAUACAAUUUUGUGUCUGAUCAUUGUCCUUUACUCUGUUGCUCCUGGAUACAGAUAAGCGAGACUCCGAGUCUAAAUGUCAAAGCAGCAGUUAAUGUUGUGGAAAUGACCACAGAUAAUUUGAGCAGGACAAAAGCCGAGCUCACGGAUUUGUGGACAUCAUGGCAGCUCCGUUACAAUCAGAUGAAGUCGGUGAAGAAGCAGUGGAAAAAAUUCAAGGAUCAAAUGAAAAAGGUUAUGCAUGAGCUGAAGUCUCUGGAGGGAACUCUUGCUCCAGCGUCCAGACUCGAUCUGGGAAGCGAUCUUCAAAGCGUGUCCAAGCUGCACGAGACCUUCAACUCUAUUAAGCCUCAGCUUCUGCAACUAAACGCAGAAGUGGAAUUCCUGGUUAAGACAUCGGAAUUGCUGUCACUAAAAGGGAUUCCGAUGAAAGAGAAAAACGAGAGGGUCAGCGAGCUUCUCCUGGCGCAUCAGCGUGUGAGGGAUAAAAUCCGCCAGUACGAGAACGUUCUCAGCAUGGCCGUCAAAUUCCAUCAAGUUUAUCAAGAGCUGGAUAGUCUGUUAAAGGCUGAGCUAUUGAAGGGAUCAAGCGAUCCGAAUCAUGCCAGGAUUCAUCUCAGCCAGCACCAAGAGCGGCAGAACCACGUCCGGCACCUUUACAAACUAGUCAUCUCACUGUCAGCUGAUAUCACCAGCACUGUACAGCACCCGCAAAAGUUGGUGUUCUCAGUUCAGGAGAAAUUGGAGCGCCUGCGCCAGGGCAGCAUGAUCUGGGCCGCUCAGGCCAGCCGGUGUGAGGAGAACCUGAUGAGCAACAUGCACUACUGUGUGUUUAAAGAGGAGAUCAAUGAGCUCAGAGAGUCCUUUAAAGAUGUCAAGAAGAAAUUCAACAAUAUGAAGUUCAACUAUUUGAAGAAAAACGACAAGCUGAGAAACAUGAAGGCUAUGAAAAACCAGAUCCAGCAAAUCGAUAUAUACUUAGAGAAACUGCAGAUUUUAAAGACGAAGCUGCAGGCCUUUACGGUGUCGAGCAGCAGCGAGAAGCACCUCAUUGGCAGCAGUCCCAGAGAGCUGGAGGAUUCCAUCAAUGAGCUACAGAGACAGGUGGGAGAUUUUGAAAGGACAGUCGAGGACUACAAGCAGAACUUGGAACUCAGCAUGAAGUUACAGCAGGCCAUGGAAGAGUACGAGUUUUGGUGUGAGGAGGCGAACUCCACCAUCGUGAGAGUGGGCAAAUACUCAUCCGAGUGCAAGACUAAGGAAGCCAUCAGCUCUCUGCGUAAGCAGUUUGACAAGUUUGUCUGGCCCACAAUCCCACAGCAGGAGGAACGAAUCAAGCAGAUCACAGAGCUGGCAGUGCGUCUGCAUGGAGCUGAGGAAGGGACGAGGUACAUGGAGAAAACUGCUAACAAGCACAAUGAGAUAGUGGAAUCAAUAAAGGAGUUGUCAAGUGGACUCGUAGACCUGGAAGCCAAAUUACAGGCUGAGUCUUUGAAGGCUCAAUCUGCUGAUGAAAACAAGACCCAUGACACCAUUGAAACCCCGGAAGCAAAGGAGACAGGUCACACUCCUGAGAUAAUGGGACCGGGUGGCAUCAAAGAGGACACUGUCCCCAAGAAAACAGAACGCAAGAAGCCAGAGGGGUGCAACUCAGAAUGCCAAGACAGACUGGAACAGCAAGGUGAAGUCUUCUCCGAGAAACGCUGCUACAAGCAGGAGGCUUAUUCAAAGAACACCGUGCAGACCAUCACUAGCAAGUCCACAGUGGAGAGGAAGGAGCAAACCCACACCUCCUUCUCACACACACACAUGUUCAGUGUGUCCAGUUCUCCUGUGGACAAAGACAGGAGGGUUUCCACACUCCAGCAGAGUCAAAGGCUGUCUCAGGACACUCCUUCACCGGCUCAGGGCGAGUGUCAUACAGCAUCUGGUUACUCUGACUUUUACAGGCCAGAGAAGCAGGAAGCAGGCCCCCGUGUUCACCAGGGCUCACACACUGCUCCACACACUCUAAACUCAGAGGCAAAGAGUGAAGUGCCACUUCCAGGAGAAGAGGAACUUUUCUCCAGAUGUGAACCAGACUCUGGUUUACCUCCUGAUGGAGAUUUCCAUCCUGACCACCUGAGUGAAGACUCGCUAUCUAACGAUGAGUAUGAGUGUACCUCACCGGAUGACAUCUCUCUCCCACCUUUAUCCGAAACCCCUGAGUCUAACUUGGUCCAGUCUGAGAAUGACCUAGAUGACGGCUACUGCAUGAGCUCCCACAGCCUCCAUACGAGCCACUACAGCCAGCAGUCUCACUCCAGACAUGGCGAUCCUCUCCAUUUCCGGUCAGAGGAAAACUUCCCAUCCCCUACGAUGGGCCCUGCUAGCCGAUUCAGAGCUGAAUCUUCCUCAUUUGUCCAAAGCCCACUUACUGUUCCCACCCCCACCCUGGUUUCCAGCACCAUCUCCAGCAUCUUAAAGAGUAGCAAGCCGAAAGGCCUUGCCGAGUGCCAGCAAACCGUUUAUUCCAUGCAUGAGAGCCGGAUCGAGACGCAGGAGUGUGUGCAUGAACCUGCUUCGGCCCAACAGCCUUCUGGUAACACGCAUGCUUCUGUUAAACCAUUAACCCCAGACAAGGAGCCAGAGCUGUGCAGGCCCAUGGCCAUCCGCGAGGAAAUUAAGCGCUCGAGCAGUGCCAGGGCUACGGGGAACCUAGCAGCAGGUCAGAGCCCUAACUUCUCCAAAAACUUGUGUAAUGCCGUAGUAAUGGAGGGCUCUCCGGUGACCUUGGAAGUGGAAGUCACUGGAUUCCCUGAACCUGCUUUAACUUGGUUCAAGAACGGUCAGGAACUGCGCAGUGACGAGCGUAUGUCACUGUCCCAUAAAGAAGGCAAGCAUGUGUUGUUCAUUGAGAGAGCUGCGCAAAGGGACUCGGGACAGUAUUUGGUUCGGGCUUCAAACUCGGCCGGCACGGUUUCCUCCGGCUCCGUGCUGCAGGUCAAAGGUAAUGGCUGCUCUGACUUUGACACCCUCAAGCUGGACUGGCAAACCUGCUUUGGUACUCUGUGUGUCCUCCUGUGGCUCCUCUACCUGCUGGUGUUAUAACACUUACUGUACACAGACCCUGAAAACAUCACUCACUCUGCCUUCUGCUGUUCACCUGCACUUGGUUGAUGAUUUCAGUGCACACCCUUUGGAGAAUAUGUUCAGGAGCAUGAAGGUUUUUUCGUGUCUGUCACUUUUAAAAUUCAUCACGUGCUCACUUUCACUGGUAAUUAAUCUGACGCUUACUUUUACAUCGAAUUCAUUUCAUAUUCUGUAAAUUCUCAUCAGUAACAAUAGAUUUUGUUUCCCUAUUGGAAAGGUAAAUUAAAGGUUAUAUACUGUAUGCUCUUGAUUCAUUUUAGAUUAUAUUCAUUGUUUUUGUCAAGACCAGAUUAUGUUAUGUUAUCAGCUUCUUGCUCUUAAAAAAUGGGUCAAAUGGUUUAAAAUAAAUUAUAGUGCUGGUCAUACUACUGAAAUAAAGUUUUCUGUUAUCUGGA